UUGCGUUAAUUUUCUCUGUAUUUCAUAAAAUUAAGUAGAAUGCACUUUUUUCUAUAUUUUGUCACAUAUAUUGAUUCCGUUGAAUGGAAUUUUAAUAAAAUACAGCAUUCUAGCUUAACAAAGUUUGGAGUCUUUAAAAGUAUUCUUAUGUAAGUGGAUGAAUGGGCUCCGAAAACGAUUCAAUAAACAAUUUUAACGAAAGUGGUAAGUAUUUUUUGAACAACAGACAGCUUGCGCAGGAAAUAAUUUUGGUGCUAUUAGUAAUUGAAAGCAAGAAAAUAUGUGCGUUUAGGAGCGACAUUCUAUUUCUAAAUAGUACUUGUUUAAAGCCUUAAAGUCGAAUCUCAUCAUAUAUUCGGAUUAGAGCAGCUAAGUAUAUGCUAACAGAUACAGAUUUCCGGAAGAAAAGACAGACUAUAGUCCCCUCCGGUGUUUCAAUGGACUAAAAAAGAAAGACAGUGAAAAAGAAAAAUCAUCGGGAAUCCUUAUAGAUAUUCAAAUAUUUAGAAAUGGCUUGGCGGCCGUGUAAAAGUGCCUUGAUUGAAAUGGUGACCAUUAUAGCCAUAUAUUGCACUUCUGCUCGCGGACUGAAAGUUUGCCAUGGAACGUCAGAAGGGAUAGUAUGGGCAACAAAUUCUGACUCCCAAUAUGCCAUGUACAAAAACCGAUAUACGAAUUGCUCAUAUGUUUAUGGAAACCUCGAAAUCACCGGUUUAGAGGGUGCCUACGACCUGGGAUUUCUCAAAGAUAUUGAAGAAAUUGAUGGAUAUUUGCUUGUUGCGAAUGUGUUCUCAAACUACCUUAAUCUUACAAAACUGAGGAUUAUUCGAGGAAAUAAAUUAUUCCCCGUAGGCAAAAAUAACUACAGUAUAUACAUCGCCUUGAACUAUAACCCGGAAAAUAUCACACAAGGCCUGUUGGAACUUCAGUUCAAAAGUUUGACGGAAAUUGUCAAGGGUCAAGUGUACUUCAAGAACAACAAUCUGUUAUGUUUUGAGAAUACGAUAACAUGGAAUGACAUCAAUCCAUACACAUCUCCACCCGCUAGUUUCAUUUUUGAUUCGUUGACGUACAGACGACAAUGCCCAUCAUGCCCAGAAAAUUGCUUUAAUCCAGCAAACCAAUAUCGCCAAUGCUGGGGAAGCUCACCGGAUAUGUGUCAACAAUUAAAUUUCAUAAAGAAAGUGUGCAGUGAUUCAUGCCAUAAUCGAUGCUACGGAAGUGAUCAGAACGGAUGUUGUCAUUCUGAAUGUGCAGCUGGUUGUAGUGGUCCACUGAAAACAGACUGCUUUGCUUGUAAAAAUUUCUACUAUGAUGGUGAGUGUUAUGAAGAGUGUCCAAAGUUGAAGGUUGGUGCAGACUAUACAUAUUCUCUUGGCUCUCUCUGCUUAAGGGAUUGUCCAGUGUACAUGCUUAAAGAUAAGAGAUCUUGUGUGAUGAAGUGUCCGGUAGGAAAAUGUCCAAACGAAAGUACAAAUGUCUGUGAGCAAUGCACACAUGUCCAAAAAUGUGCUGGUCUAUCUGCCUCUGAAUAUCUGCAUAGUGAAAAUAUAGAAGGCUUUCGGGACUGUGAGAUUAUUGAAGGAAACCUGAAAAUUUUGAAAGUCUCCUUUUAUGGGGACCCACAUUCUGGAACCGAAGUCAUUAAGCCAAAUGAUCUGCAAAUAUUGAAAGAUGUUAAAGAAAUUAUUGGCUUCCUCUCUAUACAGGAAACCCCAUCUGAAGUUAAAGAUCUUUCAUUUCUAUCCGGGCUUGAAACAAUUCAUGGGAGAAUUACGUCUUCUGGUAAUGCCCUAACUAUUUUAAAAACAGAAAUAGAGAACCUCGGCUUGAUUUCUUUACGACAUGUUCACAAUGGAGAUGUACUACUUGGCUUAAACGCUCGCUUGUGUUUUAUAUAUGACCUAGAUAUGAAUUCAAUACUAACUGAAAGCACUCAAAACUUCCGAAGUAUUGAAAACCGUGAUAAAUCGAAAUGUGAUGCUCUUGGACUAGUAUGCAGCUCUAGUUGUUCACACCAUGGAUGCAUGGGUCCUGGCAUUCAUAACUGUCUCAAGUGUGACAACACCAGUUACAGUAUAUCUGACGAUAACGUUUGUCUUGAAGGAUGUAGUAACAGGUCUUUGUUCUUUAUAAGUGACAAUGGAUGUCCAAAAUCGUGUCAUGAGCAGUGUGCGACAGGAUGUUUUGGACCGGGUACAGACCAAUGUUUUGAAUGCAAACAGUUGAAGCUUUUAGGAGAAGGCAACGAGUUUCAGUGUACAGCACAGUGUCCGCUAUUUACAUAUCCUGACGUAAAGAAUGUUUGUCGUCAGUGCCACGUAGCCUGUGCUGCAGGUUGUACAGGACCAUCCUCGGUAGUAAAAGAAGGUGGAUGUAAUUCUUGUUUACUCGCCCUUAAGCAAUCACAUGAGAAUGAUUCUGUUGUAUGUUUGCCGAGGAACCAGACAUAUUGUCCUGAAGGAUAUUAUAAACAACGGCAAAUAAUAAAUGUGACUCUACCGCCUAAAAGAAUAUGGGUUUGUCUGCCAUGUGAUGACCAGUGUAACUUAUGUUAUGGACCAGGAAACACUAAUUGUUUCGAAUGUCGAAAGCUGCGAUACUUAAAUAGCAUCUGUGUAAAUGAAUGUCCACCGAACAGCUUUUUACAAGGUGACGAAUGUCUACAAUGUCAUGAUCAGUGCACAGAAGGCUGCCAUGGUAACAGUUCUACUGAUUGUAGUGACUGUUUAAAUUUCAAGAUUAUCCUUAAUGACGAAUUAAAAUCAUUUGCUUGUGUCGAUAGAUGCCCAGAAUAUCUGCAAGACUUAAGUAAAGACGUUGAUGGAACUAGUAAGGCAGUGUGCACUAAUAAAACGACAGUCACAGGUAAGAUCAGUGGCGACAACACAAGAACAUUUAUUAUCGAAGCCAGUGCAAUAGCUACUGCUACAGUAGUGAUUUUUAUAGUCGUAACUUUAUCUGUGUGUUUGUGGCGGAGAAAGCGCAAAAGAAAAAGACAAUUAAGUAGAAACGAAACUACAGAACUGAUGAGCAAAGGGUACACGUUUUUCUCAACUGAAGAGCCAUUGUGUCCUACAGACGCAAAACCAGACCUCUCUAAGCUCAGAAUUAUUAAGGAAUCAGAGUUGAGACGUGGGGGAGUUAUUGGAUCUGGAGCAUUUGGCAUGGUAUACAAGGGAUUCUGGGUACCCCAAGGAGAGAAUGUGAAGAUUCCAGUGGCCAUUAAAGUGUUACGAGAAGGAACCAUCUCACUAAAUCAGCACCACGAACUGUUGGAUGAGUCCCGAGUUAUGGCAUCAGUAGAACACCCAAGCUGUGUUAGGCUAUUGGCUGUUUGUAUGGCCUCACAGAGGAUGAUGAUGAUUUCACAGUUAAUGCCGUUGGGAUGUUUAAUAGGAUACAUAAAGAAACACGAGGAUAUUAUUGGAUCCAAGACGUUACUUAAUUGGUGUGCGCAGAUAGCACGGGGUAUGGUUUACCUUGAAAAAAGAGGUAUCGUCCAUAGAGACCUGGCUGCUAGAAAUAUAUUAGUUCAAACCGCUGAUCAAGUAAAGAUUACAGACUUUGGUCUUGCCAAACUUCUAGAUUAUAAAAAAGAUGAAGUCCAUGCCACAGGUGAAAAGGUACCUAUAAGGUGGCUGGCCCCUGAGUGUAUACAGGACAGAAUAUACUCACAUAAAUCAGAUGUAUGGAGUUACGGUGUUACACUUUGGGAAAUGUUUACUUACGGUGCAAGACCCUACGAAAAAGAGAGACUUCGAGAUGUUCCUGACUUAAUCGAGAAGGGAGAACGAUUGCCUCAACCUGCUAUCUGUACAAUUGAUGUGUAUAUGAUCAUGAUCAAAUGUUGGAUGUAUAAUGCAGAACGCCGCCCGUCCUUUGUUGAACUGGCGGAAGAAUUUGCAAAAAUGUCACGUGACCCAGGACGUUAUCUGGUUAUACAGGGAGAUAAAAUGAUGAAGUUACCAGCUUAUCUAGACAUCAGUGAUUACAAGGAUCUGCAUACAGACACCUGCGCAGAAGGACCAGAGAAAUUAAUUGAGGCAGAUGAGUACUUCAGAAUUUCACUCCCGGAACCUUUAGUAGAAGACAGUCAUAACAGUGCCAGUAUUUCACCAGCUGACGUGCACAUACACUUGGAUAAAGACGGAUACUUACAGCCUAAGUCGGCGCCUCCUAACAUGUACAUGGAUUUGGAAAGCAAUGAAGAUGAUAAAAACAAGAAGUAUAAAACACAGACUACUGCAAUAAAUGACAGAGGCAAUAUGGGUUUGGUGACAAUGUCUGAACCUUCCGGCUGUCUUCAUCCCGAAAAUGUUCCUGCAGAUACAAUAGCACUCGAGGAUGAAGAUAUGCAACACAAGAUGACAUCUCCAAACCAACUUUAUUUAAACUUAGAAAAUGAUGGUGAUAAAGGCAAGAAGUUUAGACCACAGACUGCUUGGAUAAAUGAGAAAGAGGGUGAUAUGAGUUUGGAGACAACAUCUGAACCUUCCGGCUUUUUUCAUUCCGAAAAUAUUCUAAUUGAUACGACAGAACUUGAAGAUGAAGAUUUGCGACGCAAGAUGACAUCUCCGAGCCACCUUUAUUUGAACAUGGAAAAUGAUGAUGAUAAGGACGAGAAGAUGGCACUUCUGAAUCGGGCAAUAGAUAGCAGAAAUGACGAUAAAAGAAGUCGUUUUGAGUUCAAAAAUAAAAGUAGGAGUAGUUUUGAGUCCAAACACAAACGUGCGAGUCGUUUUGAGUCUAGAAACACAACUGCAAAUCGUUUAGAAUCCAAAAACAAAGCUGUGAAUACUCUUGAGUCGAGAAAUGAAACCAUGAGUAGCUUUAUGUCCAAAAACGAAACCGAAAGGUCUUUGGAGACCAAGUACGAGACUGCCAGUUGUUUUGAUUCAACAGAUGCAAUAGGGUAUUGCUCUGCGCCGGAAACUUUUCUUGCAGAUACCACAGUAUUCAAGAAAGAAGUAAUUCAACAGAAAAAGACAUCCUUAAGCAUGAAUUUAUUAUAAUGAUUUCUGAACUGAGUUCCUGUAAACUUUGGAUGAUUAAUGUACAAUCUGUACAUUCGAUGUACCCUCUUAUUAGUCAAAAAUUGCCGAUUUCCUGUCAAACGCCAAAGUUGUUUUGAGUUGAUAUAACAACGCUUACAAAAUUCGUUCUGUAAGUAUUGCUUGAGUUUAAAUCUCAAAGACAAUCUUUAGGUCGACCUAAAGGCAUACAAUGGCAAAAGUGAUAAUAAAUGAGAGUUCCGCAAAGUUUGCAUAAUUGAUUAAAUAGUUUAUUUAAAGCAGCAUGAGAUGUAUAUAUAUUCAAUAUACUGUAUACAACAAAACGUCAUUCAACUCUAAAGUCUCAUAACAGUUUCACCUUCUGUCACUGUGGUGACUUUGUUCUAAAAAAAAAUGAUAUCCCUUUGGGUUUCCUUGGGGUACAUUAAUGCAGUGUCUACACAUGAUCAUGAAUAAUUAAAAUUAAUAUUCAUUACUUUCCAACAAAACAACUUUGAGCAUAAACUAAUGGCUUCCUGGUAAGCCGCAAAUGUUUCAACAAGAAAAAUUCAAAACUGCUUUUUGUCUCAGUAUUAGCAACAAAUCUGACAUAUACCCGAGACUAUUAGUAAAAAUCAUUAGGAUAGAAGAUACGUCAGUGUUGAAGAGUUCCUAAGAAUUGAACGACUAUAUAUGUGAUCCUGUAUUAAAGAGAGUUAAGUCUUCGUUUCUGACUGAAAAUUCAACAAAUGUUUUGCGAAUACAUGGAUGGGAAUAUAUUAUCUAUGCAUCAAGAUGAGUCCGAGCAUUCAAAUGAUAUACUCAUGUCACUGCUUGGAUUCGUGUACAUCCUCAACAAGGGACAGCACCUUUUAUAUAGGAGAUGAAUUGGCAUUUCAAAACUCUCUCUAGGCAAAAUCUUAAUAUCGGCACCGGCUCUGAUUCUGGACAGCUGAAAAAAUAAAUAAAGGUUUACAACUAGAAGAUUUUGUUGGAAUUAUUCAAGGAAAAAGGAAGUUAAACAGGAAAAGCUACAAAGCAUGAUCGUGUAAAUUAAUCGCUUGCCACACAGAAGUUACACUAGCACAUAUAUCAGAAGAAAAUGACUUUGUGCAUUAUCUGUGCGACACAUUUUGAUUUGAAUACAACUACAACAUUAUGACCCUAGAUCGCUCAUCCGAGUUUCACAGCUCAGAUAUGUUUCUUUGCGACUAUGAUAAUGGUUCAACAAUUUUGGGAGGGGGCCACCAAAGAAAGCUUUUUUUGUGUGUAAUAUUAUCAUGAAUCCGAACAAUUUCAAACUAGAUGUUUUAUUUUCAAAGUGUCCUCUAUAUACCUAAAAUCCGUGAAGAUGUCGGCCGAUUUUUGUUUAGAAAUCGGGGAAGCCAUCCUUGUAAAAUCUUCACCAAAGGAACAUUUAAGAAGUUAUAUAAAGUGUUGGUUGCAACUUUGUAGUAAUUAACAUAUGAUUAACAAUAUCAGCCCUGAUCGUAGAUUAUUCAUCCUUUUUAUGAAAAGCGUGUACCAUUGUUCAAAUUAUGUUAUGACUUUGUAUAUUAAUAUUAUUAUACAUUUUCUUCAUGUCCAAUUACGUUUGAUCUUGUACUCGACAGAUAUUUGAUAUUAUUUAUCAUAAUGUUAUGUUUUAUACUUACAUUCUCAAUAUAUCCAAAGUUAUAAACUACUCGUGUACACAUAUACAAAAAACCUAGUCCACAUU